AAAGAGUUGAGUUUAUAUGAGGGGUGGGAAUCUCUUUAUGGGUAUGUUUCAGACAUUGGGUUUUUUUUUUUGGUACUAAAUACAAGCUGAUAAAACAAGUAGAGCCAAUUAGUAUUAAAACAGUGUCGUAAUGCUUCUGGUGCCAAAGCUCUAGACUUCUUCAAGAUCUCCAAUUGCAGUAGACAGUGACAAAUCUUUUCCUCUUGGAGCAGUGCUCCAGUGUCAUGCAUGGUUGGAGCAAGUUUCCACCCUACCACUGUCCUUCCUUGAAUGACAUUUCGCUUUUUUUACCAGGGUUUAUCCAGUGCAGUGAUUGAAACCAUUCUUACAGUCUGUCCGAAACUUUCAAUACUUGACUAAAUGAAGCCUAGAUGGAAAGGAAAAGGCUCAAAAGCCAAAGCUAGUGCUGAUCCUAUGUCUAAAAUUGUCUCACAACUCCAGUCCUCCUUGAUCCAAACCAAGACUUGUGGCUUGCUCUCAAGCUGCAGUGUACUCGUUGAAGUGGAUACUGAAUUAGCUGACCUUCUCAACCGUGCAUGUUUUGGUCGACCGAGAAUUACAGCAGAGAAGGACAAACAAUGGUUUCAACUGGAUAUGGAGGAAACCUUUUAUUUAUGCUUUUCACUAAAAUGCCUCCAAGUCAUCAGUGAAGAUGGAUCCAUAAAAAGUAAUGAGGAGUUAUGGGAGUACUUCAAAUCAAAAAAGCCUGUGUUUCCUAUUUCUUACAAGGCUUAUUCUCAUCUUCGGCAUAAAAAUUGGGUUGUAAGAUUAGGAUUGCAGUAUGGUGUGGACUUUGUUGCCUACCGUCACCACCCAGCUCUUGUCCAUUCCGAGUAUGCAGUGCUGGCACUACCAGAAGGGGAUAAUGAUCUAAAUGUUCGAUUAAGAGUGUGGUCAGAUGUUCAUUGUACAGUUCGCCUUUGUGGAAGUGUUGCAAAAACAUUAUUGAUUGUUGUCGUGAAUAGCAAUGGGCUUGGUGCAAACUCUCCUUCAUGUUUAGAGCACUACACUGUUGAAGAACGGACAAUAACGAGAUGGAACCCAGAACAAAGCCGAGAAGAUCAGAGAGGUCUUCAGAAUCAAACAAAGGAAGGUAUUCUUUAGAAUAUUGUUUCCUGCCUUGCUCUAUGAAAAACUAUCAACGAUUUAUACCUUUUACUUUUGUAUUAUUCGUCUGUCAUUACUAU